AUGUUAGAACGCAUACUGCUAUUCUAUUUGUGUAUAAUUGCAAGACACACAGCUAGUCUAAAGGGUUAUUAUUAUGAUGACACGGAAUCUGGUCAAGAACUUUCCUAUUCAAAAGUCCUAGAACGUCUAUCGAAUUUGAAUUUAAAUUUUUUACCAUUGAAACAUCUUGAAAAUAAUUGUUAUUCUCGUGCAUAUUUUAUUUCAAUGAUCCUAGCUACCUAUCGAAUACCGUCCAUCCUUGUUUAUAUUCAUUCAUCGUUGAACUAUGAUCAAGAUCCAGUUGUACUCACAACUGAAAGUGGCAAAGAAAUUAAAUGGAGAUAUCAUGUUGCACCACUCAUAUCAUUUGGAAGUAAGACACGGUCAUAUUUUGUUAUUGAUCCGGCCGUAUCAUCUAGACAUCCAAUAUUAACUCAGAAUGAAUGGAUUUAUAAAUUGAGACCAAAAUCUGGUUUAUAUGUACAAUAUUAUGGAGGUAAGAUUUGUAGCAGUUUUUUUCGUAGUUUAAAACUGAGCACUUGCCAAGACACGAGACAUAUAUUCUGUUGUGUGCAGCUCUUCGAACAAAGUCAGUAUUAAAAGUCAGCAGUCCUUCAACUGGCUUACAACCAACAUUUGGACUAUUUUAAAUUCUCGAAACGAAAUUAUUCAUAAUUUUUAAGUGG